CGAGUGCCGAGAGCUGCAGGCUUUUAUUAAGGUGAACCAUCUCCCAAUUAGCAACAAAAUUAAUCCCGUAAUUAAUUCGGGAGAUGGUUCGCCUUCUGCACGAGUUUUUUAAACUGUGGAUGGGACUCCGUUCUAAAAUAAAAUAAACAAAACAAUGUACAGGGCUCCUCGAGGCAUAAGCAAUUAGGAAAUAACACUUACUACCCAGGAACAAAAAUUGUGUUACAUAGUGUUAUCAGCUCUAGCUAUUUUAAUCAAUGUAGGAAGAGUCUGGGAAAGACUGUUAACACAAAUGGAAUUACCGUAGAUAUUUAUACAGGAUUUUUACAAGCUUGAAGAUAGGGUGUGUCUGGUGCAUUUUACAACUGCUGCUAUCAGAAAGUUCAGUAGGACAGUAAGAUAGGGUAUAGCCCAAGAUCAGAUCAAAACAGAGCCAUCGUUAUCAGAGGUGAUGGCCUAAGGGUGGGUGUAAUGUUAUUCAGAAUCUUGAGGGUUAACUGUUACCCUUAGCUGAUGUAAUCACUGUCUGCUAUAGACUGAAAGGCAUUUCGUAUUCAGUUAACUAUAUAUCGUCAGAAUUCAAUAAUUUUCCUCUUCAAUUGCAUGUUUAUACAAAACAGCAUAUAGCCAAGUAAUAGCCCAUGCACCUGCUUGUGAAAUUAUACAGUAACAAAACAGAGAUAACUGACGCCUGUCUUUCUUUAAUCUCUGUGGGUUCAAAAUAGCCAUCUUGAAUGGUCACAUCCUGGAUUACAAACACUUUCCUAGUUAAGUAAUAAAGUAACAAAUACGUUACAGCAGAGUGCAACACUGGAACAGGUUGACUUGAAAUUGCAUCAUAGGUCAGGCUCCUCUCGUAUUCCAUUUUGAAAAGGUCAACACCGGUUCCAGGAAAUGUAUAAUGUAUAACAAAGGGUCAUGCUCUUUUUAUGGUUCUCUGCACCACACUGCAGCAUCGCGCUCACGGGGCACAGUGCAACUAAAACAAACAAGAAUGCUCCCCAUCCCCUUCCAGUGGUAUGUGCCAUUCCGGUGCCAUUAUGUGGCUUGUAUUUUGUGUUACCUCGUUCUUUUGUGGUUUGGUGAUGAAUUCUGGUGCUAAAGCAAGGAAUUGGAGUGUCAGUCCUGGAGACUGCAGUAGGGUGUAAUAUACACUAAGAUCACAUUAGAACAUAAGAACAUAAGAAGGGUUGCAAGUGAGAGGAGGCCGUUCGGUCCGUCUUGCUCGUUUGCUUGUUAGUAGCUUACUAAUCCUAGAAUCUCAUCAAGCAGCUUCUUGAAGGAUCCCAGGGUGUCAGCUUCAACCACACUACUUCAACAACAAUUCUCUGUGUAGCUCAUAAUACAAUACAUGAUAUGGAGAAAGUAUAAUAUGUAUUCAUAUCAGCUGUAAAUCACAUGUAUUCAUCAUUCAAGAACUGUAAGCCUUACCAGUACCUUAUCAAUACUUCACACUCCAGUGUUCACAUAACUUACAACAAUGAUCUAGUGUUACUGGCACUUUCCCUUAGAUUUUUAUAUACAAUCCAGCCCUUUAAAUAUCACGUCAAAGGAACUGAACAACAAGAGUGAUAAUAAACUUGGUGAUAAAGAGCAAGAAGCCAGCAGCCAGCGACUUAAUGUAGCAAGUACAGUCCUGCAGUUUCUUGCACAUAAAGAAGGGGCUUUCAAAAACAAUUGUAUGUUUGACCUGUUGCCAUUUCUAAGAGGCCAGGACAUAAGAGAAUUUGGUACAAGUCUAAAUGUGAGCUGAACUAUAUGUAGCAUAUAAAUGAGUGUUCCAGGAACCCUUACAAACAGGGAUUUACAAUAACCUAUUAUAGAAGAAACAAAGUCAUUAUAGUGAACCCUCUUGGGUAGCUUAUAGGGUUAAGUGCCACUGUUUUCAGGAAUGAGUAUAACCACUUGAAUAGCAGUUAUAAUAAAGUCAUUUUAUUGUUACUAUUUAUCCACCAUGUUUUAUAGACAAAGAAGCUUAGAUGUUUCUAAUUAAAGGUGUAAUAAUCAAGGUUAUAAAAAAAUGACAACAUUAUAUCUCCGUCUCUUAUUGUCUCAUUCUUUUUGUUUCCCACAUUAUUUUCAGUAAGAUUCAAGUGAAGCCCAUUCAUCUUGCCACAAUGCCAAGUCCAAGGCUCAGCGGGGAUCCUAUUAUCUGUAACACAGGAAAUGAAUGAAGCAUUAUGGAAAGAGAUUUGCAGACACAAAAAAAAAUGUGUAUAUAAGAAUGUUAUUAUGCUAGUGAAUGAUAUGACACCUUUAAUGCUCAAUACUGAGCUUGGAAUGGCACAAACUGCUACAGAUUGUACUUGUGUAAAAAUGUGUUUGCUUUGAUUUGCUUUUUCCAGGAGAUUAUCUCAUCUCCCAUUCAAAGUGAUCCCAAGCUUUGCUUUUAGUGGACUGAGCAACGUGUCGAGAAUUUGUAUUUGUAUCUGAGACAUGCCACUGGCCACUCCUUCAGGUAUGUCCAGGAUAAGGCAAGAACGAAAAAGAAAAGAAAAAUUACAGUGAAAUUACCCAGAGCGACUCAGUCAAGAGAAUAAAAACACAAGCUUUUGUGUUCCUUCUCAGCCUUACUGAAAUCUCAAUUCAAAAUACAAAACAUCUUGUGAUGAUUGAACAGGGGGCAUUUGCAAAUCUUCCAAAGUUAAAAUACCUGAGUAUUUGUAACACUGGAAUAACUAUAUUCCCUGAUUUAACAAAGAUCUACUCUAUGGAGUUCUAUUUUCUCCUGGAAAUUUGUGACAACAUGCAUUUAACAACCAUACCACCCAAUGCGUUUCUGGGGAUGGCUGAGGAGUGUUCACUAAUGAAUCUCUUUAAAAAUGGAUUCAAAGACAUACAGAACUAUGCAUUCAACGGGACAAAGUUGAAUAAACUGGUUCUUAAGGAUAAUAAAUAUCUAGACCGAAUACAGAACGAUGCCUUCAGGGGAGCAACAGGACCUGAUAUACUAGACAUUUCUUCAACACCUCUCCGAGUUCUGCCCACCCAAGGACUGGAGUUGGUGAAAGUGCUUAUUGCUCGGGAUACUUACUCCCUUAAGACACUGCCCCCUCUGGACAACUUUGUUUAUCUACAGGAGGCUAAUUUAACAUAUCCUAGUCACUGCUGUGCCUUCAGAAACUGGGACAGAAAGAAAGAGCAGAGUUCUUCUAGUGCAUCAUUUGGAAACCUUUCCAAUAAUUGUAAAGACUAUACAGCUCAUGACAACGUAUAUACAGCUGAUAGUUACUAUUCGAAAGACAUGGAUUACCUGUAUCCAGAACUGGAAACCUGCAAGACAGAAUUUCACUUCAGAUGUACACCAGAGCCAGAUGCUUUCAAUCCCUGCGAAGACAUCCUGGGCAACGACUUCCUUCGAAUCCUUAUCUGGAUUAUAAAUGUAUUUGCCAUUGCUGGAAACUUUGCUGUACUGCUUGUUCUGCUCACCAGUCACUACAAACUCACCAUCCCAAGGUUCCUCAUGUGCAACCUUGCCUUUGCUGAUUUCUGCAUGGGCGUUUACUUGCUUCUCAUUGCUUCUAUUGAUUCUAGAUCAAAGGGCCAGUAUUAUAACCAUGCAAUAGAGUGGCAGGCCGGCGCUGGCUGUGGUGCAGCUGGGUUUUUAACGGUGUUUGCCAGUGAACUCUCAGUGUACACCUUGACCAUGAUCACACUGGAGCGCUGGCACACCAUUACCUACGCCAUGCAGCUGGACAGAAAGCUGCGUUUCAGACAUGCUGCCAUCAUUAUGAUUGGGGGAUGGCUGUUUUCACUCGUCGUGGCUUUCAUGCCCAUUUGGGGAGUGAGCAGCUACAAGAAGGUUAGCAUGUGCCUUCCCAUGGAUAUCGAAACUGCGCCAGCCCAGGGGUAUGUUAUAUUCAUUCUGAUGCUCAAUGUCAUUGCCUUUAUUAUAAUCUGUACCUGCUAUAUUAAAAUCUACCUAACUGUACGCAAUCCGGAAUUCGCAACCAAAAACAGCGAUGCUACAAUUGCCAAAAGAAUGGCAGUGCUCAUCUUCACAGACUUUCUGUGUAUGGCACCCAUAACUUUCUUUGCCAUUUCUGCAGCGUUCAAGGUGCCACUCAUCACCGUGAGCAACUCCAAGAUUCUGCUGGUUUUGUUUUACCCCAUCAACUCUUGUUCAAAUCCAUUCUUGUAUGCAAUCUUCACAAAGGCAUUUCGAAGAGAUUUCUUUGUGUUAAUGAACAGGUUCGGCUGGUGCAAGGCACAGGCAGACGCCUACAGAAUGCAUAGCUUCCCAGCUCAGAAAACCAAUAUAAGGAACGCUAUCUCCUUGAGCAGUGCCAAUAGAAGCUCUCAAGCAAUGCUAAACUUGACUACCUUCAAGUGUCAGUGUCCUACAGGAAAAGGAAAAGAAGAACCUUGCUACAGACCUCCUUAACUGGGACGAUACAGUGUGUGAACUCUGGGAGUGCAUCUUGAGAGCUAAUGUCAGGGAUUUUUAUACAGAUCAAAAUUCAGUACAGUAUUUAACUAUAUUUUAAUAAAGCAGGUUAAUAUCAUGACAGUGUGUGAAAUAUGAAUAAAAGAAAAUGUGCUGCAUAUUUUUUAAAUAAAGCUUUAAUGUUAAAGUGUAAUGGCCAUGCUAAAGAAGGAUUCAAGCUUGGCAAUGCAUUACUACAGUAUACUAGUCAUCUGUUCAGUAAUGUUUCUAAUAUUUUAAAUAGGAACAACAUCCUCUCAUUGCUCUGUGAUGUCUUGUAUUUACUGUAAAUAUUUUCAAAAGCUUAUUUUCUGUUUGAAAUGUUUGUAUUUGUUACACUAUCAUGUUUAUUGUAUGUGUUCUUAUUUUUGUUAAAAUGUUAAAUGUAAAGUGCGUUAAGCAGGCAGAGAUGUCUGAUAUAGAAUACUUGUUUUAUUUUUAUUUUAUUUAUUUUUGUUUGGGGGUGGUUGUUUUUGUAUCUAAAAAAUGUAUAGUAUGUCAUUUUUGUAUUUAACUGUUUCAACCUUCAGAAAUUGUUGUAUCAGUGUUCAGUUAUAAAGAGUCAAAGAUU